AUGUCUAGAACAUUAAAGAAGAAGAAACACUGGUCCAGUAAAGUGGUGGAGUGCGCAGUGUCGUGGGGGAACCUAGGGGACUUCGGCACCGUGGUGGAGAUUCUUGGGGGAGCUGAGGUGGGACAGUUCCCGUACCUGGGUCAGAUGAAGCUGGACGUGCUGGUGUGUCACGUCGGGAAGCUGCCCUACUAUGGGGACGUGCUGCUGGAGGUGAACGGGACACCGGUGAGUGGACUUACAAACCGAGACACCCUGGCUGUCGUCCGCCACUUCAGAGAGCCAGUGCGCCUCAAGACCGUCAAACCUGUUCUCGGAUCAGCUUCUGUGGACGCAUCUUGGCUCCGCUAUCGGAUUAAACUGCGCUCAGUGUUGGGUACCGACGUGCUGCUGGAUGUGUCCAUUGGCGAAAAGCGUUGA